UCAAAAGAACAAAACGAAAAUAUGAACAGAGGAGGGAAAAAUAACGGGAUUUAUGCAGCCGAAACGAUACUAAAACAGCGUACCAAAGAGGGAAAAGUUUGGUACUUGAUGAAAUGGAAGGGGUAYUCRCCUCGAUAUAAUACUUGGGAGCCAGAGGAGAAUGUUUUGGACGAUAGAUUAUUGAAAGCUUAUCGCAAACGACUUGCUGAAAGCAAAGGGAAGCUGAAAAGGAAAAAAUCAAAGCACACAGAAGGAGAGCAACCUGAAGAAAAGUCCGAGCUAGACGUUGAUGUCGAAGGUAAUGAUAGCUCUAAUGAAACCGCUGUUGAUGACGAUGAGUCACGUGACGAGGGCCAGAGUACGUCAGCCGACCAACAAAUCACUGAUGUAACGAAAAAAUGUCGGAAACGACGCAAAGGAAAUGAUGCGGAAACUGCAACGAGUCCCAUCGAAUGCGACAAAGAGAAUACAGAAACGAAAGAAACAUCACAAGCCGCUAUGUCGACUGACGACGUCUCCUUGGAAACGCCCCAGGAAGAGGCRCCUUGUGAACCAAAUGAAGACGUCGGAGAGAGCUCAGAGGUGAAUCCAGUAGAGAGUGUUACCGAAGAGGAACCACCGCCCUCGACAAGAGCCGAACCUGCGAUUUCGUCCGUGGCUGAACCAACAAGUUCGGCAGUCAACCUUAGCGAUUGUAUACCUGUCAAGGCAGAAUCCCCGCCUGCUCAAAAAUCACCCGACACGAGCACUGUAUCAAUUCGGGAAGAUCAUACGCUGCAAGAUCACAAAGUCUUGGAACAUCAGCCAAAACAACAGGACAAAAAGAGUGUACUCUCUAAAUCAUCGCAUUUUGAUUUUCUCGCCAAUAGUAUCAUCAUCACAGACGUUACGACUGAUAGAGGUACAGUCACCGUCAAGGAGUGUUCCGCCUAUGGGGACUUCUUUGGUCCUGAAGCUGGAAAAUCUUAGUAUUCACACUUAUGAAGAACUCAAACGUUGUAUAACCGCUAUGUAUUUUUGCUGCUGAGCAAUGCGAAUUCCACCUUGGAAGGUUUGCGGAAAACUGGAGAUUGCAUCACUGAAAGGAACCUUAUCAAGUUGAUAUGCAUUACCGGUGUUUGCUAUUGCUUAAUGAUUUUUAGUCGCACACAAUGGAAUCAAGACGGUGCCGUGGUGCUUAUUCCUUAAUAUAUAUUUGUUCACGAUUCACGACUUUCCAUACUCAGGUUCAGUGACUACGAACAAAACAUUGAACCGAGGCGUCAGGGUACACUGAGCACAGAUCUUUUCUUUUCUGCUCACUGUACCUUGACGCCUCGGUUCAAUGCUUUGUUCAUGGUUACUAGACCUGAGUAUGUAAAGUCGUGAGUUGGCUGAGCUUUUUGCACGGCGCAUCCGUCUUGAUUCGUUUGUGUUUCAGACUACUGAUUUGUACUUGGCAAGUCGGCUAUUUGGUAGGUCACUAUUCACCAAUUACAAUUCACUCAAUUGAUAA